AUGACUCUAGCCGAACAUAAAAAGAUCGUCUUGAAUCCGGAGGUUUACUUGAGUUUAGCCAAGUCAUGUGACAAGCUGAUAAAAUCACGUGGUUAUGUAAUGAACGUGAGUAAAGAGGAAGAGGAAUUCCCUGUUGCUUAUAAUAUUAUCAUGCAUCAUGAUAUAGAGAUGGCAGAGAGAUUAUUACGAUCUAUUUACAGACCUUCCAAUAUAUAUUGUAUACACGUAGAUAGGAAAUCCCCCAUUAAUCUAUUUAAAGCCAUGUCCAGUCUAGCGAAAUGCUUCGAUAACGUCAUCAUGGCCUCACACAGAGGUACCGUCAGAUGGGGUGAAUAUAGUGUAUUUCAAGCCGAACUGACGUGUAUGCAUGAUCUACUGAAGUAUAAAAAAUGGAAAUAUUUUAUCAAUCUUGCUGGUCAAGAUUUUCCUUUAAAAACUAAUCUUGAAAUAGUUCAAAUUUUGAGGGCUUUCCGGACGAGAAAGAUGUUACUUGAGAGAGAAGCAAUGGCUAGAUAUAAAAUAUGGUCCACAGAUGGCGCCAAGUGUAACGGUAAAUGGACAAGAAGUAUCUGUAUAUUUGGUAUGGGGGAACUACCGGGUUUAACCAAGGCACCGCAUUUAUUCAGUAAUAAACAUCAUUCUGAUUAUCAACCCGUCACCCUUGAUUGUCUAGAGAAAUGGCUAUUUGAUAAAAUACAUAAUGAACAACAGGGAAAAUCUUCUAACAUCAAUCUCAGUUUUUAUAUAAAUCAGGAUUUUGUAAGAAAUCAAAUUACUUGA